AUGUGUAGAUCAUAUCAUGCAAAUAUUGACAGCUACCCUGUCAUUGCUCGGAAGUUUGGUAUAGGCAGGUCAGUAAGCGACAUAAAGAAGAACAAAGACAAAAUCCUUGAAAUGAGAGUGACAUUCAUGCUCUGUGCAAAUGCGGCUGUAACCCGUAAACUUCAAUGGUAUGUUGUCGGAAAAUCAAAAAAAUUGCGGGCAUUUAAACACGUCUUCCUGUUUGUUAUCGUGCACAAAAAUGCUUGGGUUACGAAAUACUUGUUUCUUGAGUGGUUUACAACAGAAUUCGUUCCCGCGGUCCGUCGCCAUCUUUUGUCUGUUAAUUUGCCUCCUCAGGUACUGUUAUUGUUAGAUAAUUGUCCUGGGCAUUCAUCAGCACAUGAAAUUGUCUCUGAAGACGGCAACAUUUUUGCAAUGUUCCUGCCACCUAACACCACGGCAUGUAUACAACCAAUUAAUCAGAACGUUAUACAAAAUGUGAAAAUAAAUUACCGAAAAUCACUUUUGGUUAACUGGCUUGCAUUAUGUUCUGAGAAUCUCAUGGACACGUCAAAAUCGAUAACUUUAAAGGACACAGUUUUUCUUUUGGCUAAUUGCUGGGCCAAUGAAUAUUACUGGAGUUUUUUUCCUGGGCCAAUGUUAAGGAAUCGCUAAUUAACAAAUCAUGGAAGAAUUUGCAUCCUGGAUUUCUCACUAAUAAUGACAAACCAGAAGAUUAUGUUCCUUCAGCCCAACUUUUUGAUAGGUUGAGUGGACCCAAUGAUUCUCAAAUAAGUGAGGCAGAAGCUCAAGAAGCUUUCAAAUGAACUGAAGAAAACGAAUUUGAUAGCCACGAAGUUACGUUUCUCCGUCAACUUAGAGACCGGGCUUUUGGAAUGAAGUGCGAAAAUUAUAAACAGAAGAAUAUUACAGACUUUUUCAAGAAGAAUCAACUUAUGUUUUAUUUUAACUUACUGUUUUUCUUACAUGGUUGUAAUU